GAGAGCAGCCCGCUUCCAUGUGCGCGCUCGCCUCCCUUCUCUUUUCCUCUCUCCGGAGCGCGCACGCACCGCUUUCUCUCCACCUCUGAUUUAUUCCGGAGACUGUUGGACGCGUAAAGACACCCGUCAGAUGGACGCUGGAGAUGGAGAUUUGGAGAUGGUGUAACGCGUACUGGCGCACCGGAGCAGCCGAAUACACACAGCCAUGAAGAGUUCAAACGAGCGGCGUUUGUCAGCGGUGACAAGCUGUGUACUGACGGAGAAACCGGCAUAGAAAACGGAAUUUGGAUCUCGGGGGGAACGCUGUCCGUGGAAAUGAUUCCUGAAGCGAAACCAAAGACGCAUUUCAUCACUGUGAGUCUGUGGAAAGAGCAGAAGAGAGAUGAUCUCUCUGUGUCGCAAUAAGAGAAACUUACACGACUUCUGGUAAACAAGGGGAAAUGAUUUCAUGUGUGAAGUGCAGAAGUUUUACAUGCGUAAAGAUGCGUGUGAACUGCUUUUAAAGCGCCACUUAAGUACCUGAUGGACGUUUGGGAAUUGAAUCGGCAUCAAUGGGAAUUGUGUGGAUUUAAGUUUUUGUUUUUAUGCCUCAUUCAGAUACGCGUUAUUUUAACGUCCUAUUUAAUCCCGAUUUAAAACUCAUGUAUGAUCUAAAGUGACAAUUUGGGAAGAUCGAAGCACUGUUUGAGGGAAUAGUUUCCUGUCAAGCCCUUUAACGGGCGUCACUGUCAGAAAUGUUGUUUUUAUUUCACUGCAUUGCUGUGCCGUCUGUGGUCAGUGUGAACGGACGCGGAGUUUUCAAUGAACGCGCACAGUGCCUGUGAGAAACAAAAGAGGGCGGAAGGCUUAUUUUUAGGAAACCGGAUUGAGUUUUUUUGAGCUUGUGUGUGUUGGACAGUGUAGAUGCGCAUUGUUUCCCAAGAGUUUUAGUUUGGAAGCUUGAGGUGACGUUUCAGUUUUUGUAUUUGUGUGCUCUGCUGGAAUGGAUAGGAGUAAUGCCAUAGCAUUAACGCUGACAUCCCUUUAAAUGUAUACCUUUGUGUGUCGUAUAGAUGCCUUUUCCUGUGCAAUGAAAGAGUUUGGGUCAAACUGCAUUUAAAAAUAGUCAAAACCACCAGACCCUAAUUCUGUGCUUUUAUUAUGUAAUGCUCGUUUUUCAGUGAAAGAACUGGAUUCACUUUUACUACGUAAAAAGGUUUGGAUAAGGAAUGACAGAAGAGCUGGCAGAAUGUGCUAUUGACGUAAUGAGGUGAAAUAAGCAAGUUAAAGGCUGGAACUGUCUAAACAACUUCUCUGUAACUACACGCAAAAGCUAUUCGGCCCAUUUUCCCAUCCUGAUUCUUUUUUUCCACACAAACAUCAUUUUUGGUCUAUUGGUCUCAGCUCGGGUUCGAGAUCCUCAUCAUGGCUUCUCCGCAACACCAACAACUGCUGGUUCACAACAGCGAGGUGAGCUGCGAUUCCAGUGGAGAUGGGCAGCCGUCUGUGCGUCUCAGCGGCGCUAAAGCACACAAACAGCAGCGCGGGAGUCUGGGAGCCAGCGCCAUGUGCAGCAUCUUAGGGGGCUCCAAACACUGCAAGUACAGCAUCUCUUCCAGCUGUAGCUCUGGAGACUCUGGCAUCCGCAAACCCAUAUUUAAAGGUUUGCGGACUCAGAGGAAGAUGCCACAGCUGUUUGAGAGGUCUGCCGGGCCCUUUUGGAACCCCAAGUUCGACUCGAACAUACUGGAGGAGGCCUGUCGGGAGCGCUGCUUCCCACAGACGCAAAGGCGCUUCCGCUGCGUGCUCUUCUAUCUGGCAGCCGCCAGCCUCCUCUGGGGAAUGUUCUUUAUCGCUAAUGCUGAUCGAUGUAAACAGACUGCCUUUUUGUUACCCACAGCAUCUUUCCUCCUCCUGUGCUGUCUCCUGUUUGUCUUCACUUUCACCAAGUUCUACGCCCGCUGCUACAACCAGGCCUCGCUGCUAGUCAUCGUGGUCACGUUUGCUCUCACGCUUGCACCGCAGGUCCAAACUUCAGGCUUCAGUGACUUUAGCGUUGAUCCCGUUAAGGUUGCCGAUGACACGGAUGAUUUCAGUGGUGCUGAGAGUGGAAAUCUCACUUUUGAAAGCCUCGCCGGUGGGGCUAAUGUGGCUCCGUGUAUGUCACCGGUCGGUACUUUCUCGCUUGGUAUGGAAGUGCUUUCCUUGCUCUACAGUUUCCUCCAUGUCCGUCUGUAUGCCUCUCUCCUGCUCGGUUUGCUCUACUCCGUGCUCUUUGAGAUGCUCGGCUGGAUGCACUUGUUUCAGGGCGACGGGUGGAGCCGCUCCUCUGAGGAACAUUUGGAAACGCUGUAUUGGCUGAUCCCAGGUAGAGCCAUCUUGCAUCUCUGCGCCCACAUCAUCGGUAUCCAUCUUUUCAUCAUGUCCGAAGUGCGCUCGCGAUGCACCUUCCUCAAGGUCGGCCAAGCCAUUAUGCACGGGAAAGACUUGGAGGUGGAAAAGGCCCUGAAGGAGCGGAUGAUUCACUCAGUGAUGCCUCGCCGGGUAGCGGAUGAGCUCAUGAAGCAAGGCGACGAGGACAACGACAACUCGAUGAAGCGAUACUCCACGGGAGCGGCGAUUGCCGGCGCCUCCAGCCCCAAGAGUGCCAAGCGCAAGAAGAUGUCCAUACCACGCGGUCAGAUCAUCUUUCGACCAUUCAACAUGAAACGCAUGGAGCCUGUCAGCAUUCUCUUCGCUGACAUCGUGGGCUUCACCAAAAUGAGCGCCAACAAGUCGGCUCACGCUCUGGUGGGACUUCUCAAUGACUUAUUCGGCCGCUUCGAUCGUCUGUGUGAGCUCACGUGCUGCGAGAAGAUCAGCACUCUGGGAGACUGUUACUACUGUGUGGCCGGUUGUCCCGAACCACGCGAGGACCACGCCUACUGUUGUGUGGAGAUGGGGCUCGGAAUGAUUCAGGCUAUUGAGCAGUUCUGUCAAGAGAAGAAGGAGAUGGUGAACAUGCGUGUCGGCAUCCACACUGGCACGGUGCUUUGCGGGAUUCUCGGCAUGAAGCGCUUUAAGUUUGAUGUCUGGUCCAAUGAUGUCAAUCUUGCCAAUCUUAUGGAGCAGCUGGGGGUUGCUGGGAAGGUGCAUCUGUCUGAAGCCACCGACAAGUUUCUUGACGACCGGUACCUGCGGGAGGACGGGCGAGUCGUGGAAAGAAUCGGACCGAGCGUGGUAGCAGAUCAACUUAAAGGUCUUAAGACGUAUCUGAUCUCCGGGAGGAAAGUGAAGAAUGCCCACUGUUCUCAGUCCGUUCUGAUGGGAACGGAGCUCCGAAAAUCCAUCAGCGUUGCAUCCUGCGCUCACACACCUGACCUGACGUCAUCGGCCUGCGCUCUCACACCGGACAGAGUAAAGUCCGCCUGUCCCUCGUGUAGCGUGUUGGCUUCAGAAGAUGGGAUGCUUCUUAACAACUGCACAGAUUCCGAUCAUAAAUCCAUCAACAGGAAGGGACCUUCUGGUAAGAAUCCGAAGACUCUUAAUGGCUUGUUAAGUCCACACCUGGAGCAGCACGUGGCCCACAGUCAGACAUCUCUGUGCGAGAUGCUGCAGGAGAAGAAGUGGGGUGGCGGCUUCAGCGGCAUGGGGACGAUGGAUCAUUCUGCCCUCAUCCCCCUGCGCUCCAAAAACUUCCGAGAGAGGAGCGACGCACACUUUGUGGACGUGAUAAAGGAGGACAGUCUGAUGAAAGAUUACUUUUUCAAACCGCCGAUCAACAAGUUGAGUCACACAUUCAUAGACAAGUCUUUGGAGAAGGCUUACAAGACCAGUUACCAAGAGGAGGUGAAGACGCAGGCUCCCGUCCAGACUUUCGCCAGUCCCACAUUCAGCUCUUUUCUGGACAUGCUCUUGUGUUGCUUUGUUUUUCUGGCUCUGUCAUUGGCUUGCUUCCUGCGGCCGCUGGUUGCUCAUCAGCCCCUGCCCACUCCUGCGCUCAUCGUGGCUGCAGUUUCAGCCGUGCUGGAGUGUUUGGCCUUGGUUCUGGCCGUCCGAAGAGCGUUUUAUCUGGAUAUGGUUCUGGACUGCACCAGGACACUCCUUUGGGCAAUCUCUGGCUGGGUUCCUCGUCACAUGAUCGGAGCGGUGCUGGUGUCAUUGCCUGCUGUGGCCGUCUUCUCUCACAUCACCUGUAACAUGCAUCAGUCCAUACAGUUCACCAUGUUCACCUGCUGUGCCGUCAUAGUUGCCAUCAUCCAGUACUGCAACUUCUGUAUGCUCAGUUUCUGGAUGCGUUCAAGCCUGGCGACGCUAGCUGUACUUACAUUUCUGAGCGUGCUCUGGAGUCCUCCAUGCAGCACUUGGGAGCGUUUCUUUUUGGGAUCCAGCGACCUCAACAUCACCGAUUAUGAAGUCCAGUCCUCUUUGAAAGCUUCGGGACCACAGGACCUGCUUGGCCCAGAGGCUCUGGUGGCCUUUUUCCUGUUAAUCCUUCUGGUUUGGUUUCUGAACCGAGAGUUUGAGGUUAGUUACCGUCUACACUACCACGGCAAUGUGGAAGCCGACCAACAUCGCAUCAAGAUCCAAAACAUGCGUGACCAGGCGGACUGGCUCCUGCGGAACAUCAUCCCCAUCCACGUGGCAGAGCAGCUAAAGGUGACUCAGAGCUACUCGAAGAACCACGACAACGUGGGCGUCAUCUUCGCCAGCAUCGUCAACUUCAGCGAGUUCUACGAGGAGAGCUAUGAGGGCGGCAAAGAGUGCUACCGCGUCCUGAACGAACUCAUCGGGGACUUCGACGAACUCCUGCGCAAGUCCGACUUCUCCAACAUCGAGAAAAUCAAGACCAUCGGCGCCACCUACAUGGCGGCGUCGGGUCUCAAUGUGCAACAGUGCAGCGACCAGGCGCACCCGCACGCCCACCUGCGAGCCCUGUUCGAGUUCUCCUUGGAAAUGAUGCACGUGGUCGACGACUUCAACAAAAACAUGCUGGGCUUUAAAUUCAAGUUACGAAUCGGGUUCAACCACGGACCCCUCACAGCCGGAGUGAUCGGCACCACCAAGCUACUCUACGACAUCUGGGGCGACACGGUGAACAUCGCCAGCCGAAUGGACACCACCGGCGUUGAGUGCCGCAUUCAGGUCAGCGAAGAGAGCUAUUGCGUGCUUAGGGGAAUGGACCACGAGUUUGACUACCGCGGCACCGUCAACGUGAAAGGCAAGGGUCAAAUGAAGACCUACCUGUACCCCAAGAGCACAGACAGAGGACCCGUGCCAAAGUACCAGCUCUCAGUCUCACCGGAAAUCAGAGCACAGGUGGACGGGAGCAUCGGUCGCUCCCCCACCGACGAGAUCGGCAAUUUGGUGCCCGCCUCCAACGUCAGCAGGGUAGGCGCAUCGUUCUCCGUCAGCUCAGGGCUUACGGGACAGGGCUACUCAAGCAGAGACUUCACCGAGAAGGCAUCUGGCAGUGAGUGCUGCAGCAGUACGUCCAAAACUCAGCGAUCCUCGUCCGCCGUUGGCCUGACUUAUAGACCAGAAACCAACUUGAGUGGAAAGCCGGCCACAUUCGGUAUACCACCAAACCCAACGUUGACCUCUGAUGUGCCGGGUUCCAGACAGUCAGAAAACCUUGAGUCGAAGGCCACAGCAAAGAAAGAUGUUGAAUACACUGGAGAACUGACAAAACUCUGACAAGCCAGCGAUGUUGUCCUUAACCCUUUAAACAUGGGCUUGCAACCCUCUCCGUUGAGUCCACGGGGAUAGGCAUGCUUAGGAAUGUACGUAUCCUACACUCCUAAAAAUAAAGGUGCUUAAAAGGUUCUUCAGAGCGAUGCCAUAGACGAACCAUUUUUAGUUCCACAAAGAACCAUUCAGUCACAACCAUCUCUUUCUUACUUUCUUAUAAUCUGAAGAACCUUUUUUUCCAGCACAAAGAACCAUCUGUGAAACAGAAAGGUUCUUCAGAUGUCAAUGGUUCUUUAUGGAACCAAAAGGUACUUCUAUGGCAUCAAAGAGCCUUUUAAAGCAUUACUUUUUUAGGAGUGUACCGUAUAUUUGUGUGAAGUGGAACGUCUGAAUUAAAGCACACGAUGUUUGUACAGGAAGGCCCAUUACUGAUGUCUUGAGCAGGAUGACACAGUUCUUGGACUGUAGAGUCAGACCGGAGAACCACAGAGGAAUAGAAGGAAUGGUGCGGAAAUGCAUCGGGACAGCACAAACCACAUUUAUUCCCAUUUAUUUACGAUCAAUUUGAUACCAUUUCCAACUGCUCUUUCUGUUUUGUGAAUUAUUCAUUCUUCAGAUUUCUGUUAGUGAAGUGCCUUCAUUAUAAUAACAAUGUGUGAGGCAUUUUGAAAAACCUUAAGAAGAUUCAAGGUUGUCGAUUUGGUGUUAGAAAAUGCUUUUACUGGUUUAAGUUUAAGUUCUACCAGUUAUACAUUUAAAGUUGCAUUAUUUUAUAUUCUGUACCUUGUAUAUGUUUUUCCACUUAAUAGUAUUUAAGAGAAUGUUUGGACAAUUUUACAAAGCGUUUUGCAGAUUCAAAAAGGGCAAACCAUCAUACAGGUAAUGUCAAAAAGUCUCUUUGAAGAAGUGAAAUGUAGAUCAAGCUGUGGGCUCAGUUAUAAUCAAGACCAUCAAACAUUUUUACAGAAACUAUCCAUCUUGAUUUAAUUUUGUGCAGGGUUUGCAUCCUCCUGAUUUGUUUCCUCUCAUUAGUUUCAAAAUCGAAUCUUUGAAAUAACACGAAAUAGCAAGGUCUUAGCUGAUAACACGAUCAAAAAACAGUCUCAAAGGACAUAAACUGCAUCAGUGAAUUAGCUUCUUAAAGGAAUAGUUAUCCCAAAAACAUAAAUUCUGUCAUCAUUCACUCACCCUCUUAAUGUUUCAAACCUGCAUCCCAUCUUCCACAGAACACAAAAGAAGAUAUUUUGAAAAAAAAAAUUGGUACCUGGACUUCACUUGCAUUGGUUUUGCAUCCAUACCAUAGAGGCGAAUGGGGUCCAGUGCUGAUCGUUACCAACUUUCUUAAAAAUGUCUUCAGAAGAAAGAAAGUCAUACAGAUUUGAAAUGACGGAGGGUGAGUAAAUGAUGAGUAAAUGAUGAGUUUUUACUUUUGGGUGAACUAUCCCUUUAACUUUUAUUACUUAGAGAAGUAAAUGUAAGUAUCUUUAUAAGCAUGGCAACAAUAUGUAAAGUUAAAUCUUCAGAAUUUCACACUUCAAUGCAUGUGAUGUGCCUAGUGUUCCUAGUGAUUCAUCAGUGCACGCUAUUCUAGUGUUGACCGAUAGGCAAAGAUGUUUAAACGGACGUUUAGACUUGUUGGAGUUCCUGCUAAAAUCUUACUCAAUACAACAAUUUAAUGUUGCAGAUAAGAUACAUUUGAAACGUUUGUAUUGGUAUACACAAAGAUGUGACCUUCAGCCUCCUCGUCCCUUGAGACCUUCACAACCCCAGCAGGCUUAAUUCUUAUUUACAGGUGGAUGAAAUCAAGUCCAUCUCAACAUUGUUUUCUCAUUUAAUAUGAAUUUAUACUUUAAAGAGGGUAAAUGUGUUAUUUAAUGGUGACUUUGGGAAUCGUUGCCUUUAGCUGCAGUUUGAUGUGACAUAAAGAAAAAGAUCAGCCAUCUUGAUUAUUAGAAACUUAAGUAAGUUUUGUAAAUGAAGUCUCCGUAUUGGCAGAAUCGUGGGUAAAACAAACUGGCAAUAAUCUGGACAGCCGAAAUGGAGCAUGCCAGUUAAAUGUACAGAUUUUUGUGAAAUAUUAGAAUAGGUUAGAUUAUAGUUUCGACUCGCCUGCUUGUCUUUUGCCGUGCAAUAGUAAAGGGUAAAGUAUUGUAAGGGAUAUUAGACAGAUCUGUCGCUAUGUAUGUAUGUAACUUUGCACUGAUAUUGCAUCAAUUACUUGACUGUUUCGCUUCGAAAAUGAACGUCAUCUUUUUUCCUACUUUUGAUAAGAGUUUAAUGUAGUUGUUUCUAUCACUUAUAAUGGGAUACACUGUCAUAGUUUAGAGGGUUGUGUGCUCAAACUUUGGUGUUGUUGAUUUUCUCAUUAACUUGUCAAGAGACACAUUAAUAAUAUUCAUAAGAUUGUUCUUUGAUGAAACUACGUGACCUUAUGUAGAACUCUGCCGUGAUGCCAUACAGAAAAAAGGGAAUUGUUGUAAAAAAAUGAUUAAUUUGUCAAUUAGUUUUUUGUGUAUUAGUGCCUUUUACUUAUUAAGAAUGCAUCGAAAUGACAAAUGACACCCCUUGUUCAUUUUCAUACACAUAAUUCACGUCUGUGCUAUUUUCUUAAAAUAACUUUUUUUAGCGCUGUGCCUUUUCUUUUAAAGAAUUUGCUUACCAUGUCCAUGCCUGAUGUGUAUUCAAUCUGAAUGUGAAAAUUACAGGAUGAAUAUUGUCAUUUGACUCCAAGGUGCGAUUCUUAAAUAAGGGACUUAAACUCUGUGCUGAUUUUGAUGUGAACUUUUAUUUUAUUAGUGACACCUACGGUACUCAAUUAUUUAUGUUUCAUUGUAUAUGGGGCACAACCUUUAGACCAUAAUAAAAGCGCCGUUGCUGCCUAAAGGGGAAUAUGAGCACACAACCCUGCAGGGCUCCUCUGUUUUUAGAGAUGGAGAGCAAUAUAAAACUUGAUUAAGCAAAAUAAGCAUCGUGAACCGCUGCUUUAGGGCUUAAACUGUUGAUCUCAGCCUGAUAGAAAUAGAAAUGUACCUGAUAUGAACCGCUUGUCACAACUUUAUAGCGAGCAAUGAAAGGGCUGAACAAAUGCAUGAUAACAGAAGAGCCACUUUUUUAUUUCAUUUUCAUUUCGACCAGUUGAUGAUCCCAAGCAAUUUGAUUCCAGCAAUGUGAUACAACCUUGAUACACAACUUGUGUCUUAAUAGAUGAAUCACUGGAACUUUUCACCAAAGAGUUGAUUUAUUCAGAAUGUCUGAUUUUGACUUUUACUCUGUUUCUUCAGAGAUACUUUAUUAAGUCAUUUAUAAACUCGAUGUGUAAUCUGUAUCUGUGUAAACUCUGUUCUGUUUGUACAUAUGUAUUGCUCUCUGUGUCAACAUAUCAUUCUUUUUUGUGUUAUUUAUACAUAUACAUAUGCAUGUGCCAUACUGUUACAUCAGAGCCAAUGGAUGAUAAGGGAACGCUAAUAAUACAGUGUUAAAGUCUGCAUUUUGUCUGUUGAUUUUUUAAUUGACUUUACAAUCUUCUAAGCAGUAAUAUUGUGCACACAUGCAUUUCUACUUCUGUAUCUAAUACUAUAAAUAAAACUAUUAGUAACAGA